AUGCAGCUCUUUCGUCGGUUGUUGACGGUUUCUGUCAUCUUCUGGUGGAGAAGAGCUGGCUCAGCAGCCGCUGGCAAAAGUCGGACCAACGAUGUCGCUCGCGACCGUGGCCCCGUUCCCCUUCGUCUAGAGGCGAAUGCGUCCGUCGCGUGGGAACACGCUCAGCCGCCCGAGAGUGCAGCUGAAGCGGAAGGCAACGAGGAGAGGGUACUAGACACUUUAACGCCGUUCAUUACUGAAGCGAUCGACGCGUUUCACAUGCAUGGGUGGAUGUUAAAGGAGCUGCACCCAUUUCAAGUUCUCAAGGAACUUCCUGAUCACAAUGGGAUGGCGGAGAAGGUCAUCCAUCAGGCGCUUGUCAAGUGGCUCGAGUAUGUUAAGCUUGUUGAAAUCAUGGGUCGAACGAUUACAGAACGUGAGGUCAUCGAUGAACUACUGAAGAAACUCUCAUCCGACUUGGCGCGUACAAGAUUUUCCCGUCACCUUCGGACGCUUCCCCAGUGGAAAGGGCUCGCGGAUGAAUUGGAUAGGGUGCUGCUGGCUAAGCGGGACUUGGCAACCUUUGAUCUGCUGGUUAGUGUGUGGCUAAAAUCGAAGAUGGGAACUGACGAAGUCUACGAGUUAAUGCCAGUUGCAGCGAUGGAUAUACUUACAGGAGACGUGAGCACGAAUGAGAUGUGGCCUGCUGUCAGACAAGACCUGGUAUGGUUGGUAUAUUUUCGUUAUAGUUGUGCCGAAUGGUACAAGGAUGAAUCUUACAUCGAAACCUUUGGAAAAUGGUUGACGGACAAGAGAGGUGAAGAUGAGGCUCUGGCAUUCUUCCACUUUUAUCGAGACCGGAAAGUCGACAUAUAUGAUGGCUGGCAAAAAGUGCUACUCGCGGAACGCCCUGCCCUUGUGGAGAAGCUUAUCCCUAUUUGGCAGGCUUCAAAUGUGAAUCCCGAAAAAGUCUACAACAUGCUGCCCGUUGCACAGGAUGUUCGUCUUAAUGGUAUAGGACCAUCGGAGCGGUGGCCUGCCAUGCGUGAAGAGCUUUUGCUGUGGAGAAAGUAUGAGUUCGAGUGGAGAAGCAAGGGGUUACGUGUCCAUUAUGACGGCUUUCCCAGUCCCUCCAGAGAAAUUGUAUUCAGUACGCUGAGGACCAAGAGCAAACCAGAAGACGUCGAAAAGUUUCUCACUGCCCUCCGAAUUGAUAAAGGUUCAAGUUUCUAUUGGCUUUUUUGA